AGACCCCACACUCUGACUCUCGCGCGCGCCUCGCCUAUAAAUGCAGCGGGUCCUGCUGCCUCGCCUCCUCACACACCUCACACAUACGCGCGCCUUUGCCAGCAUGACGCAAAUGCAUCCGCUUGCACGCUCCGGCUUCGACGCGUCGGGCGCCUCGGGCCUGUACGACCGUGCGCGCCCCAGCUACCCGCCGCAGGCCAUCGAGGCGCUGCUGGCCGCGCCGCAGCCGCCCGUGGCCGCAGGCGCACGCUUCAAGAUUGCAGAGCUCGGCUCCGGCACGGGCAUCUGCACGCGCGUCCUCCUCGACACGCUCGGCAGCGCGCGCCUCGAGCGCCUCACCGCCGUCGAGCCGAGCGCGGGCAUGCGCGAGGGCUGGGAGACGGCCGUGCGCCCGCUCGCCGAGCGCGCCGCCGGCGACGCCCAGGUGCAGUGCAUCGAGGGCUCGUUUGAGAACUUCGACGCCGGCAGCGACAAUGACAUUGUCCUUGUGGCGCAGGCCUGGCACUGGACGCGCGACUUUGACGGCGCCAUCGCCGAGUGCGCCAAGGCGCUGCGUCCGGGCGGCGUGCUGGCGCUGCUGUGGAACCUCGAGGACCGCGACGGCGCGGCAUGGGUCGGCGGCGUCCGCGACCUCUACGAGGUGUACGAGGCUGGCACUCCGCAGUACCGCCACAUGUACUGGCGCGAGCCGACGAACAACUCGCCGUCCAUGGCCGCCUUCGAGAAGCUCGAGCCGCAGCACUGGACGCGCACCAUCCCCACCACUGUCGAGGGCGUCAAGGACCGCAUCCUCAGCAAGAGCUACAUCACCGUGUCGCCCAAGGACGAGCAGGAGAAGCUUGCGGCGAACGUCGAGAAGCUGCUGACCGAUGAGAAGACGGAGAAGACGUGGAUCAACAAGGAGGAGGGCACCUUCGAAUACCCCUACCGCACCGACCUGCACCUUUACCGCAAGAAGUAGAGCCGAACAAUAGAAUGCCUGAUGCUGGACCCCGUGGAGAAGAACAGGUCGCGUGUGCUGUG